GUUGACUUGAUAAAUCUAAACGUCCUCCUGUCAUUCAUUUUUUUUUCCAACCACUAAAUUAUAUCCGAAAAAAAGAAGAUUGUAUAAAUCUUGUAGAAAAAAUAAUUAUUUAUAUUAAUUUGUUUAUUUUCUAUAAAAAAAAAAUAUAUUAUUUUGGUUCUUCAAUUUUUUUGAAAGUGAAAUGAAUAUCUUUGAGUGAUGUUUAAAUGGACGUAAUAAUUUUAUUAUAAAGUGAAUAAAAUUUUUUUUGAAAAAACAAGUUUUUAGUAAUAAUAUUUGAACGUGAUGAUUGGACCUACAUCAGGCACGAAUAAUGUGCCAAAUCGCGAAGUCACUGAAAAUACAAUUCGUAAUAAGAGAAAAGUUUUUGACGAUUUGGAUAUUGAAAAUUUUUGCGAUGAAAUUUAUCAAGGCGGACGAAAACGGUAUAUGACUGAAAUGCAAUCAUCAGAUGGUCCAAUAAUGACACAAAUAUCGAGUGCCGAUUUUUCAACAAUAUCAUCAGCGGAUGAUAAUGGUUCAGUAACACGAUUAGAAGUAUUGGUUGUCGAUGGAAAUUGUUGGGAAACUACUGAAUUUGAUCAGGGAAAUUUAAAUGAUUUAAAUCAAACUCAUAUGAUUCAAACAAAUGGACAAAUAUUGACGCCAAUAAAUGUGCAAUUUUCAAAUCAACAUUUUGAAACAGACAUUCAACAUUUUUGGGAACCACAACAAAUUCCUCAAGUGCCUUUAAUAAAACCAUCAUGCAGUCGAUUAAAUCAAUUUUCUCGUUUUCAAGAAAAUAACAAUAAUGAAGAUCAGGAAAAUGGAAAUUUGUCCUGGCUCUUGGAUUUUAAACUCGAUUCAUUAAUUGAAGCUGCUGAUGAUCGUUCAACUUUUCUUUCUCCAAAAGAUAAUAAUCAAUUCAGCCAGAGAAAUAAAAUUCAGACAAAUAAUCGUUUUGGUGCAUCGACAUCAUCGUUUCAUGAAUCGAAAAAAAAUUACAAUUCAGAAAAUUAUUCAUAUCAACGUGAUGGAAAUUUUUUAUCAUCAAAUUUAGAUAAUAAAAUUCGUCAAAAUGGUCCUAAAAAGCCGCCCUUUACUUACACUGAAUUAAUUGAGCAUGCCUUGCAAGAAAAAGGUGAACUGACUGUAUCUGCAAUUUAUCAAUGGAUUUCAGAACAUUUCCCCUACUAUAAAAGCAAUGACGAUCGUUGGAAAAAUUCCGUACGACACAAUCUCUCAAUAAAUCCACAUUUUCGAAAAGGAUCAAAAGCCCCUCAUGGAGCAGGACAUCUUUGGGCAAUUGCCAAUCAGGAUGAAUUAAGAUCUCGUCAUUUUGUCAAUAAUGGAUCAAAACAAUCAAUCGUGGAAGCAAAUUCCAUAAAUCAAAUAAUAACAAUCGACGAAGUUGAAGCAGCAACAGCGAGUAUUAGUCAACCAAGAGAAGACGAGACAGAAGAAAUUGUUAAUUCCGUAACAUUGGAACAUUGUGCUGAGCAAAUAUUAAGUGGAAUUAAAAGAGAAGUGGAAGUUCAAUAUCUCGUACCAAUGGCAAUGGCUAGUACUCAAAACGAACAGAAUACACAACAAAAUAUUAAACCAGAGCAACCAGGUUCUGCAAAAGAUACAGAUUUUUUAAAUCCCGUUUCAAAAGAAGUUGUUGCAGAAGAAUGUGGAUUAAUUGGUGAAGGUUAUUUAGUAACUGAUUUAAAUCCCGCAGCAUUGGGUUUGAAUAUCGUUGAUCCCGAUAUGAUUACACCGGACAAUCUUUUCAGUGAGGAGCUUAGCUUUCAAUUUUACGAGUUUACAUCGCCAUCACAAGUGCAAUCUGCCUGACACGUGGAUAAAAAUAAGUUUCGCGUUAUUCUCAUUGAUGAAUCGAAACUACAGAAUGUUCAAUUUGUUGAGAAUAUCAUUCUCAGUGAAGAACGAACAUCAUUAAACUCUGAAAAAAAUGAUAUUUCAUUUCAAUUUGAAAAUAAUGAUUCUAAGGAAAUAAUUUUUGACAUACAAGAUUCGUCAGUUCGCAGUUGAUCGUUCUCUCUUUUAUAAAAUUGAAAACAAUUUUUUGUUAAUCAAAACA